AUGCGUUUCAUUUCUGUCUCCUCUCUUCUUUUAGCCCUGGCACCGGCUCUCAAUGCCGUUCCUGUAGAGGUUGCCGGUAGUGCCCAAGGACUUGAUGUGACUCUUAGCCAGGUGGGAAAUACUCGGAUCAAGGCCGUGGUAAAGAACACUGGCAGCGAGGAUGUCACCUUUGUGCACCUCAACUUCUUCAAGGAUGCCGCUCCGGUGCAGAAGGUGUCUCUGUUCCGCAAUGCGACCGAGGUUCAAUUCCAGGGUAUCAAGCAGCGUCUUAUCACCGAAGGCUUGUCCGAUGAUGCUUUGACAACUCUUGCCCCUGGUGCUACUAUCGAGGACGAGUUCGAUAUCGCAAGUACUAGUGACCUGUCCGAGGGUGGUACCAUCACGAUCAACAGCAACGGUUUAGUACCUAUUACCACCGAUAACAAGGUCACUGGAUACAUUCCAUUCACCUCGAACGAGCUCUCCAUUGAUGUAGAUGCAGCUGAGGCCGCGAGUGUUACUCAAGCAGUUAAGAUCCUGGAACGCCGCACCAAGGUCACUUCCUGCUCUGGCAGCAGAUUGUCGGCCCUUCAGACUGCUCUGAGAAACACAGUCUCUUUGGCACGUGCAGCUGCUACUGCCGCGCAGUCGGGAUCUUCCUCCCGUUUCCAGGAGUAUUUCAAGACGACAUCCAGCUCCACCCGUAGCACGGUUGCUGCUCGCCUGAACGCCGUUGCUAACGAGGCCGCGUCGACCUCUUCGGGAAGUACCACGUACUACUGCAGCGACGUGUAUGGAUACUGCAGCUCCAACGUGCUUGCGUAUACCCUUCCGUCUUAUAACAUCAUCGCCAACUGCGACCUCUACUAUUCCUAUCUUCCGGCACUGACUAGCACCUGCCAUGCUCAGGACCAGGCCACCACCACCCUGCAUGAGUUCACUCACGCCCCCGGUGUGUACAGCCCUGGCACUGACGACCUUGGCUAUGGAUACUCGGCUGCCACCGCCUUGAGUGCCAGUCAGGCUCUGCUGAAUGCCGACACCUAUGCCUUGUUUGCCAACGCUGUCAACCUCAACUGUUAG